AUGUUUUCAAUUUUCUCAACUCUUACUGCUUCCGAUACUGUGGAAAACAGAAAAUUUGUUGAAUUUAACAACAAUUUUACAGGAAGUUGGGAAAUUGGCGGCGUUUCUAAGAAAAUCGGAAACGAUUUUUACUUAAUCGAUAAUUCAACUCUUUCCUAUGGAGGAAUCUACUACACUAACAGACUCUCAGCGAAACAAUUUGAAAUAAAGAUAGCUUUACGAUACAUUCCUGGAGAAAAAUCAACAGGAAUGAAUGCAAUUUGGAUUACAAAAGAUUAUCAUCAAGAAUCACAAGUAUUCGGCGGUCCAUUAUCUUUUAAUGGUAUUGCCUUAUUAUCAUCUUACAACGGAACGCAUUUAGACACAGAAUUCCGCAAAAAUGACAAAAAGGGAAGAUUUGUUUCAUAUCAGUACUUCCCAUCAUCCUUUAUUCCAGUAGUAGAUAACAAAGUUACGUACAGAAUUGUUUAUAAAGACGGAAUAGUUAAUGUAUACAUAACUUCUGGCGAUAAAGAGACCCACGCCUUCUCGCAGACCCCGAUUUCUGAUAUCAGGAAAUACUUUUUGAGUAUUACAGGCCGCUCUGCAAAGAAAAUUACUCAAAUUAUUGUAGAUUCAGCCGAAUACAACACUUUGUUUAAUGAUGAUGAAAUAUUAGUAAAGACAGUUGCUGAAAUGCACAUAGAAGACGAUGAAGAUUCAGAACCUAAACCUACACGCACUCCAAAGCCAAAUCCUACUCCAAAACCAGUCGAUAGUUAUACAUACGAGGAUGUACUCGAUGAAAUAAGUAUAUUCGACAUAUUCUCUACAGCUUUGACUACAACGGCCGAUAUGAGGCAAUUAAUUUGGAAUGAAAUGGUUCCAUUCUCAGAUGCAUGGCAGAGAAGGUCAAUAGGAAUAUGUAGGAAGUCAGGAAACCUCAGGGCUUCGUUAUUGAGCACAUUAAAUUCAACAUAUCAACAGAUGCAGGAAUUGAAAGACCAAAUCGAAAUGGACUUGGUUUAUCUCCGUAAUGACAUGCAGGAUAUCGAAUCAGAACUCUACCACGGCGUUUCACAAGGUUAUCACCUCAAUCAGAAACUUAGAGAAGAAAAAUAUUCUGCUUCUUCAGGAGUUAGUCAUACACUGUUGGUUUUCGGCAUCGUUGAAGCCGUUCUUGUUAUUAUUGGUAUAUUUAUUAAGAUUUUCUGCGAUGGUUAUAGGUCCCCGCCUUUAUAUCGUAAAUAA